AUGAAACAUGUUGGCUUUAUAAAUGAUGAUAAAAAUCCAACGUAUUGGGUUUUGACACAAACUAGUUUAUUAAUAUACCCCUUUAUGAGUAAAGAGUUGGAAGAGAAAGGAGAAGAUGUUGGGGAUAGUUUAAUUGAUAUUGGGAUUGACGAAAUAAUUUCUGCAAAUAUUAGAAAAGUUGAAGGAGAAUUGAGCAAGUUGAUCAUAAUAGCAAAGAAAGACCAAAAAGUUGACUUACUUGGAAGCCAAAAAAUCUUAAAACAAUGGGACGAUGAAAUUCUUUUUCGUAUAAUGAAAAUCACAAAGAGUCAGACCACUUCGUUACUCACAAAAUUGCCAAAUAUCAUGAACUAUUCGUUAUAUUAUUUACUUGAAAUAUUUCACGUCUCUUUACCCGUUCAAGUGAAUAUGUGUAUUCGAAUUUCAAAUGCAACACAACACCAUUGGGUGACACCAAAAUGUGAAGGAGUAAAUAAAAGAGAAUAUGAUGUACUAUACACUCUAUCAACUAACUUUUACAUGGCCUCUUCCACUUACGUCAAACUAAGAAUUUAUAACAUCCCAAAUGAUCACAACAAGAAAAAGAGUCAAAUUGGGAAGUGCAUCAUUUCUUUAAAUCCAACAGCACACGACGAACCGUACGAGUCUGUGUUCCAACUCAAAAAGGGUAACAAAGAGAUUGGGAAAUUAUUUACAAGAAUUUCGUUCUUUCAAAUGCCACCGAACUCGGAAAGAACUCGAAAAGUCGCAAAGAGAUAUGAAGUGCAUCAAACGUAUACAACACCAUCAAGAUCAAAAUUUCUGAUACAUUCAAAACCUUCUCCACCUUGUGAUAUAAAACUUGAAUCUCAAUUUUGUGGAUUUUGCGCAGUGAAUAUUUAUGAUAUUAAACAAGACUUGGAGUACUACUUUUGCUCUGAAAAAGUGACAUACGACAACAUCGUGGACAUUCCAUUUAGUGGCUUAGUGUCUUUCAAAUAUCCAUGUGAUGAUGAUUUGAUACCCGAGUCUGUAUGGAUGUUGUGCUUUACCGAAGGUAUGAGAGUCAAAAGGAAACAUGAGAAUUUUGAAGUUGUUUCCUUUGUACUUACCAAUUCCAAAGGGAAUUAUCUACAUGGAGUUGGUUUGAUUUCUUACGCAAAGAUGACUGAAGAUAUGAAAAAUGAAGUCCGGCGGUGGGUAGAGGCUGAGGGCGAUUAUUAUGUACCACAAGCCAUUUGUGUGUUUUCUAGAGUGAAUUGUUAUGUGCAGAUGCGUGAAUUUGUCGAGAAAAUUCAUACGAAAAGUGCGUUAGAACUGUUCUGUGAGAAAGUACAGAGUACGCCAAAGGUGUUUGAAGAUUUCACAAAGUGCAAGCCGAGUGCAACCAAAGAAGGAAUGAUGCAUGAAAUACAAUAUGAUAUCAUCCAUCUUUUCAUAUCAUUGAAAAUCAAAAAUUUUGUGAAGGCAUUUGGACAAGUGUUGUUGGGCGAGCGCGUUGUAGUUGUUGGUGAUACGUGUGACAUUGUGGCAGAAACUUUGGAGUGUCUCAAAACAGUGAUAUACCCCAUCGAAUGGGUCAGUACAUAUAACAUGAAUUUGCAACGAUUUUUCAUAGAAAGCUUGCACUCCCCUUCUUUGUAUUUGAUUGGGAUUGUUAGGAAGUACUUGAGCGAAGCGAUUGGAAUCAUGAGAGAGGAAGAUGUUGUAAUUGUUGACAUUGAGAAGAAUAAGGUGCAGAAAGUGAGUGGAAAACCUUUAUUAGAACUUCCUUAUCAUCUUGAACAAAAUUUGGUGAAUGACAUUAUGAGUGUUAUUAACUCGUCGUACUGCAAGAAUGACAUUGUUCUUCGCAACACAUUACUGCAAAGAAGUUUUCUACGUGCGAUGUGUUAUUUACUGAGUGGAUUGGAAAAGUAUUUUUGGACAUUAAAAUUUGAACCGGAGUCUAUUGAAGAGUUCAAUAGCGAGGAAUUUGUCACAACUAAACCAGACGAUUAUUACGAAUUCUUAAAGACAUUCUUCCAAUCACAAAAUACGCAAUUCUUUUUGGAACAGUAUAAUAAAAAGAGGUACAUUUUGUUUGAUGAAUAUGUGAGAAGUGGAAGAUAUGUAAUACCCGUGCUACAGGGAUAUGAAAUGGAAGAACAGGGCUCAAGCAUUCAAAUUCCUGAAAUCCAAAAAGUGACAAAGGGAAGCACAUUCAUCAGGGAUUUUGUGAAUCACAACAAUCACAAAACAAAACAAAUUCGAAUGGAUUGUAUUGAAAAUGUUGUUCAAAGUCGAGAAGAGCGACUCCUCUUUCUUCAAAGUCUCAUUUCAAAGAAAGUGGAACUGAAGAGAAAUCGAGAGUGUUACGUCUUAGACGAAAUAGAGAUGUGCUGGAUGACAGAAGUUCUUUUGAAAAUCUGUGAAACAGCUGCACGAGAAAAUGAUAUUAUUUCACUCAAAUAUGUGGUAUUGUUUUGCGAAGAAAUGACGUACAAAAACGGGUUUGAGGAACUUCUUUUUGUGUUAAAAAGAAAGUCCUAUUGGAACAACAAAGACCUUUGGAUUAAUAUAACAAAGCACCUCAUUAAUUCUAAUAAAAAAUUAUUAAUGGAGUAUCGAAUGGACAAAACUGAGUCAUUCCCACAGAGUUUUCACACUCAAAAAGAGUUCCCAAAAAUAUCAACACAGUGUUUUUUUGCAUGUAAAAUGAUGAUUACUCUUGAAGUCCCAGAAAAGCUAAUAAAGUCAAUUAUAGAAACAGUUGCGAUUCAAUUACGGCUCGACUCAUUUGAGCGUGAUCAACUUAAUCAAUUGAUCACAAACGCAACCAAGCCGAUAUCUUCAUUCACGUGA